GUUGCAGGCUUGAUGAAAAAUCUGGAUCAUCCCCACAUUGUGCGACUGAUCGGAGUCAUUGAGGUCGAUCCUGUCUGGAUCGUCAUGGAGCUCUAUGAGCAUGGAGAGCUGGGGAGCUAUCUCCUGGAGGAGAAGUACAUCCUGACCACGGCAACUUUAAUCCUGUACUGUUUACAAAUCUGCAAAGCCUUGGCUUACCUGGAGGGACUCAAUAUGGUGCACAGAGAUAUAGCGGUGAGAAACAUCUUGGUGGCUUCUCCCGAGUGCGUCAAGCUUGGUGACUUUGGUCUGUCUCGCUAUGUUGACGAACAAGAGUAUUACAAAGCCUCAGUCAGUCGAUUACCGAUCAAAUGGAUGGCACCAGAGUCCAUCAACUUCAGACGCUUCACCACAGCUAGCGAUGUCUGGAUGUUUGGUGUGUGUGUAUGGGAGAUCUUCUCCAUGGCCCAGCAGCCAUUCUUCUGGCUGGAGAACGGGCAGGUGAUCAACCAGCUGGAGUCUGGAGUUCGACUCCCUAAACCGCAGCAAUGCCCGCCCCCGGUCUACUCCCUGCUCACCCGCUGCUGGUCCUACGAGCCGCACGGCAGGCCCACCUUCAGCCAGCUCGUCUGCUCCCUCAGUGACAUCCACAGGAUGGAGUUGGAGCAGGGGUCAAGGCAAGACAGACGGCGCUCCACCGCAUUGACAUUUAACCCAAACCUCACCACAGAGCCUCCACCCAAGCCAUCCAGAGUACAAGGCAACACCCUUCCUCGAAUCACAAACAUACAGGGAAAAAACAGAGAUACCCGGCCAGUGUGGGAGAAAGAGAAAGAGCAAGUGGAGGACAUUUUACAAAGACAAAGAAGAGAGAUGCUGAUGGAUAAACAGUGGCUGGAGCAAGAGGAGAGACAACUGGACCUGGUUGUGCGAGUGGAUACACACCUCAAGCCACCCAAAAAAAGCCCAGAAAAUGGUCCUCCAGAGAAGCCACCAAUGCCUCCCACAAUCACACAGCCUCGGCCCACAGCUGAGCUGGACCGAUCAGGUGACCAGGUUUACCUCGGCGUCAUGGCGAUGGUGAAACAGGUGGUCCAGCUGAAGAAUGAUGUCAACACACUGCCAGCCUCCGAGUAUCCCAACGCUGUCAAAACGGUUGGUAUCACUCUCCGUAGCCUGAUCCAAAGUGUCGACGAGAUCCUGCCCUCUCUUCACAGCUCCAUUACAACAGAGAUUGAGGGCACUAAGAAAUUGCUAAACAAGGAUUUAGGGGAGCUGAUCAACAAGAUGCGACUGGCCCAGCAGAACUCCGUAACAUCGCUGAAGGAGGAAUGUCAGCGGCAGAUGCUGGCGGCCGCUCACACCCUGGCACUGGAUUCCAAAAACCUGUUGGACGCUGUGGACCAGGCUCGAGUCAGGGCCAACCUGGCCAAGCCCAAACCUAUCUCACAAGAAGCAGAGCAUCCUGGGGAAUGAAAUCCCCUGUUGAUCAAAUGGACUUUAAAAAAAGGACAUGAAAUUUGGGUCGAAUUAUAAGCGGAUGAGUUACUGUUUUCAUGCCAAUGACAAGAUGUGAUAAUAUAUUUGUUUUUUCUCCUAAAAAAUAAAAUCAUGUUAACUUGAAGGGGACCUAUUAUGCUUUUCCUUAUUUUCCGUGAAAUAUAUAUAAUGUUACAGUAUCAAGUGUUUAUAUUAAACAUGGCCAAAGUUUCAAAGAAUGAGGUAAAUGAGCUUUCUCAAUACGUUUUAUUUAUUUAUUUAUUUUUUUAGAAAAUUUGGCUACAAGCUGAUGUCAAAUCGUGACAGAUUUCUUUUUGGUCAUCUGCUCCAGGCAUGCUAUUGCGAGCGUUUAAAUCACAUACAUUACUACAUGCGAAUGCCAGGGAAAUGUAAUCGUUGCAGAUGCUGUUAAUUUUCCCCGAUUUCAGAUCACAUUCCCGCUGGAGCAUGUCCGGUUUAUGGAUAUAGAAGCUUUAAUUGGUGAUUUUUCACAGUGGAGAGUGCUGCUGUACUCCAUUCCCCCAGCUGUAAAUACACCGCUACAUGUAGCUACAUGUAGCUACAUGCUAACGUCAGGGAAACGUAUAAUCUUGGUUCCUAAUGUUGUUAAUUUCUCCCUGAUAUUGGAUUAUAUUUCUGCCGUAACAUGUUCAGUUGUGAAGAUUUUGGUUUACAAGCUUUUAUUGGUGAUUUUUCACAGUGAAAAGUGCUGCUAUUCUCAAUUACAGUUGUUCCCCCGGCUUGAAAGACAGUGCAGAGCCACCGAGAUAUGGAAGACUCAGAAACGUGGACCAGCCAGAGCAGACUGGGCUUAGUCAGGAGGAGGCGCUAAAAAGGAAUGUUUCAGACAGGGGGUGAAUACAGGUGUUCCAGUACAGACAAUAUGGGAAAAAAGAGCUUUUUGAACAUUAAAGCAUAUAAAGACAAACCUAAAAGUGAGCAUAAUAGGUCCCCUUUAUAAUGAGCACGCCUUGAAGCUGAACAAAUCAAACUACCACAUUGUAUCAAAGCAAUAAAGUUUAUAUAUAUUUUCCUUUUUUUAAAAAAAAUCUUUUUACUAUUAAAGACAUUCUGCA